AUGGCCGACAAGGAAUCCACAGUCUACGUCGUCGACCUAGGCGAGUCAAUGGCUGAUUGCCAUAACGGCCGCGUCGAAUCUGAUCUCGAUUUUGGUAUGCGCUAUGUUUGGGACAAGAUUUCAGAUACCGUCGCGACAAGCAGGAAGACGUGGACCAUAGGUUUCGUUGGCUUCAACACCGAUGAGACAGAGAACGAACUCGCGGAUAAAGAUAAGCUCGAGGGCUACGAUAACAUCUCUGUGUUGCAGCCCAUCGGCCCCAUGAGCAUGACGGAGCUCAGAGAAUUGCGCUCCAAGGUCCAGCCGUCCAGGAGCUAUGGUGCCGAUCCGGUUUCUGCUGCUGUGGUGGCACUGAAGAUGCUUGAGAAGUACAAUCCAAAGCACAAGAUCAAGCGGAGGGUAAUCCUUGUCACCAAUGGCGAGUCGAACAUUGAUGAUGAAGAGCUGGACCACAUCGCUGCGGUAUUCAACGAGUUCAAAGUUGAACUGAUUGUGAUUGGUAUCGAUUUUGACGACGCUGACUACGGCUUUAAGGAAGAAGACAAGUCUACCAACAAGAAAAACAACGAAAAGGCACUUCAGCAACUGGUGGAAAAGUGCAAUGACGGCGUGUUCGGCACCAUGCAACAGGCCGUGGAUGAGCUGUCAAUACCUCGGAUUAAGCCAGUACGACCAUUCAAGGCCUAUGAUGGGCCCUUGACCCUCGGAGACCCAGACAAAUAUCCAAGCGCCAUCAGCUUCCACGUGGAGCGUUACUACAAGACCAAACGCGCUUCCGCGCCAUCAGCAAGCACCGUCGUGGUCAGCAACAAUAACGGAUUCAGUCAAUCACAGACCUACAAAGACGAAGAUGGGGAUUCUGAGAUGGGCGGAGCCGAGUUCUCCGGUGUCAAGCAAAUGCGCACCUACAAGGUCAACGAUCCCGAUGCCCCAGGAGGCAAGAGAGACGUUGAUUUUGAAGAGCUUGCAAAGGGCUACCAGUAUGGCCGCACGGUGGUUCCGUUUGGCGAGUCCGACCUGUCCAUCACAAAGUACUCGACCAAAAAGUCAUUCACCAUCAUCGGGUUCGUCCCCUUUGACAGUUACAAUCCCUUUAUCAACAUGGGCGAAACGGGUCUGAUUGUGCCCCAGAAAAUGAACGAGGAGGCCGAAUUGGGACUUUCGGCAUUCAUUCAUGCUCUCUACGAGGCUGACUCGUAUGCUGUUGCCAGAUAUGUGCAAAAGGAUGAGGCUGCAGUUCAGAUUCUUCUUCUCAAGCCCAACACUGGUCUUGAGGAUGAGUUUGAGUGCCUUUACGAUGUACCUCUGCCCUUUGCCGAGGAUAUCCGAAGUUACCAAUUCCCGCCCUUGGACAAGGUGCUUACCGUGUCUGGGAGGGUGCUCAAGGAGCAUCGGCUGUUGCCAAACGAUGAUUUGAAGGACGCUGUGAGCGACUUUGUUGACGCAAUGGAUUUGUCGAAGUAUGAUGUUGAUGAGGAUGGAAAACCAGUAGACUAUGCACCCGUAGACGAGGUGUACAACCCAAUCAUCCACCGGAUGAACCAGGCCAUCCGAGCCCGGGCUGUUGACCCAGACUUGCCCAUCGGGCAACCAGCCGAGAUUCUGUUGAGGUACUCCAAGCCUCCAAAGAAGCUCCUCGAGAAAGCCAAGCACGAAAUCGGCAACCUGAUCGAUGCCGCAGAACUCAAGAAGGUUCCCGAAAAGGCCAAAGGUCGCUUCGGCAAGAAAGACGCCGUCAAGCCCCUCUCCGGCCUCGACAUUGACUCCCUCCUUGGCGGUCAACCCAAGCGCGCUGCCAUCUCUUCAGAAAACGCUAUUCCCGAGUUCAAGCAGAUGCUCGCCGCAGCUGAGGACGACGAGACGAUCGAGAAGGCUGUCAAGCAAAUGGGCGAGAUUGUUCGGAAGCUCAUCAAGGACAGCUUUGCUGAUGUCUUUUACUCGCGGGCUGCUGAGAAUUUGGGAGUUAUGAGGGAGGAGUUGCUUGGGUUUGAGAUGCCGAUGCUGUACAACAAGCUUCUGAGAGCGCUGAAGAAGAGCUUGCUGAGUGGUGAGCUGGAUGGUGACCGGAGGGAGAUGUGGUAUAAGCAUAUUGUGGGUGGUGGACUGGGGCUCAUCACGAAGGAGGAGCUGGAUGUUUCGGAUGUGACCGAGGAGGAGGCCAAGGCUGUGAGUACAUGGUUUUUCCAUUCUGAAUGA